AUGUCUACCACAGAUCGUAAACAACAAUUGAGUCAAUCGAUUGAAGCUCAAGGACAAAAAGUGCGUCAAUUAAAAGCAGAUAAAGCAGAAAAAGCUGUUAUUGAUCAAGAAGUACAAGCUCUUUUAGCACUUAAAAAAGAAUUAGCCGAACUUGAAGGUACCGCUAAUGUCACCAAGAAGCCUACCAAAACCAACUUUACCUUAAAAACACCAAAGGGUACCAAAGAUUAUAAUGAUAAGGAUAUGGCUAUUCGUGAAAAGGUCUUUAAUACUAUUACUAAAGUUUUUAAAAAACACGGUGCUGUCACUAUAGACACUCCCGUCUUUGAACUCAAGGAAAUCUUGGCUGGCAAAUAUGGUGAGGACAGUAAACUUAUCUAUGACUUGGCUGAUCAAGGUGGUGAAGAAUGUUCAUUGCGUUAUGAUUUGACAGUACCCUUUGCCCGUUUUGUAGCUAUGAAUGGUAAAGAGCACCAAAAUAUCAAGCGUUACCAAAUUGCUAAGGUCUACCGUCGUGACCAACCUGCGAUGACAAAGGGUCGUAUGCGUGAAUUCUAUCAAUGCGAUUUCGAUAUCGCUGGUGUGUAUGAUCCUAUGAUUCCAGAUUCUGAAAUUUUGCGUAUCCUGUGUGAGGCCCUGACUGCGUUGGAUGUUGGAAAGUUUACUGUCAAGUUGAAUCAUCGUAAGAUUUUAGAUGGUAUCUUUGAGGUAUGUGGUGUACCUGUUGACAAUAUUCGUCCUAUUUCAUCUGCAGUUGAUAAGUUGGAUAAAUUACCUUGGGCAGAUGUGAAGCGUGAGAUGGUUGAGGAAAAGGGACUUGCUGAAGAGGCAGCUGAUAAGAUUGGUGAAUACGUGAAGCAUAAGGGGGGUCGUGAUCUUUUAGAAAAGCUCAAGCAAGAUACUGUCUUGAUGGCCAACAAGAGUGCCGCUGAAGGUUUGAAGGAUAUGGAAAUCUUGUUUGAUUAUUUAGAAAUCUUUGAGGUCAUGGAUAAAAUGUCAUUUGAUCUUAGUUUGGCUAGAGGUCUUGAUUAUUAUACAGGUAUUAUCUAUGAAGCCGUUACCGAGAAGUCUGCACCUCCCAAGUUGGCUGAAGGGAUUGUGAAUCGCAAGAAGGAAGGUACAGAUGAGUUGGAUGAAUCUACUGUAGGUGUAGGUUCUAUUGCUGCUGGUGGUCGUUAUGAUAACCUUGUGGGUAUGUUCUCAGGCACCAACAAGAAGGGUCAGCCCAACUUACAAAUCCCUUGUGUGGGCGUUUCAAUUGGUGUUGAACGUGUCUUUUCUAUUUUGAUGUCUAAGCAAAACCCUCAACAGAUUAAGAGUAAUGAAACUGAAGUCUAUGUAAUCGCUGUAGGUGAUGGUCUUUUGAAGGAACGCAUGGCGAUUGCUAAACAACUCUGGGAUGUUGGUAUUAAAGCUUCUUAUAUGUUCAAGAACAAGCCUCGACUUGAUAAACAAUUUGAUGUUUGUGAAAAGGAUAUGAUCCCAUUGGCCAUCAUUAUCGGUAAAGAUGAAUUGGAAAAAGGUCAAGUUCGUAUUAAAGACAUGAGAUCCAAGAAUGAAGCACAAGGAGGUGGUAUCGUCAUUCAACAAGCUGACAUGAUUAAAGAAAUUAAAGAAAGACUUGCCCAUUUAUAG